UUCGAAAUUGUAUCAGGAUAAAUACGAAAAUGGUUUCAAAGGUAGUGAUCUUCGCAGUGACAUUGGCAGUGGUAUAUGCGCAGGAGUCGCAAGGACACGCUGUGUCUUCUCAGUACUACACUCAAGUCCUUCACCCCCACCCAGCACCUAGAGUAGAACGUCGUGAAGAGGAGCGCCGCGAAGAGGCUCCCAUGGCAGAUAAAGAACAUCAUUAUCCUUACCGCAAUUACGAGUACUCGUAUGACGUGAAAGACCCCCACACCCACGACGUGAAAUCGCAGCGCGAGCAUCGCGAAGGUGAUGUCGUCAAGGGCGAGUAUUCCGUGCAUCAGCCCGACGGAGUGGUACGCACUGUGAAGUACCACAGCGACCACAAGGGCGGAUUUCAUGCUGAUGUUUCUUACUCGCAUCCAACUCACCAUAACUAAUAAUAAAGUUAAUUAUUUAUAGCAUUUUAUAUCAAAUCUACAUACUUAAAAUUGUAAAAGCCUUAAUAAAUAAAAUAUU